AUGGCUCAGGAUGCGACGAAUUCGGACGAUGCCGCGGGGAUCGAGGUAGCAGACGAUGCGUCUGUGCCGGUGGUGGUGGAGAAAACGGGACAGGGGGUGAAGUUCGAAGAGCAUCAGCUCCCCAUUGACAUUGCGUAUAACAAAUUCGCAGACUGGCUGGUGGAUAGGAAGCGGGUACCGGCCAAUUGGAGGCAACGAGUUGCUGCCAUUCAGCAGCGAAUCACGAAACUGGUUACCACAUUACCACGCCACCAUGAUCCCUGGCUGCAGUCGCUCUCCGUGGAUGACGUGGGGUACGUGGAGGCGAAGCGAGUGAGGGACAUUCUUGCUGCUGCUCGCCCCAGCGAGAGAACAAUUUUUGGCGGCCUUGCUGGGCCUGCGCGCGAGUGGGAUGCGGUGGUUCGCACAUACGAGCGUGACUCUGUCUUUCUGGGGGAAGCGGCUCAGAUUCUCGUGCACAACACCAACUACGACAUCCCCUACUGGCAGAAGCACAGGGCGAGGGCGCAGCAGCAGCUGGAGGAGAGCAACAGGAAGGAGCUAGACUGCCGCAGACUGGCUGCUGCUGCUGCCAAGGGGUUUCAGCAGGCGUGCUCUGACCUGGGAAUCAAGGGUCUAGAUGUGCGGAACGAGCUCAAAGGACUAGUCGCCCAGCUUCCUGGAGUCUUCCAGGGCGUGGUAACAAUCUUAUCAGGGGAGUCCGUAGGUCAAGCAGUGUAUUACUACCAAUCUGCCGUGGCCUUUGCCCAUGGGGGUGAGGAUGCAGAUUCCUCUCUGCUCCCCACGCUCUUGGAGCUUCGGGCGAACCCUGAGCAGCAGGACCGGGCCGAACCUCCUGCAGAGAAUGAGUGGGGUGGUGAUGUUGGUGGGGAGGGUGGUGAUGGUGGUGGUGGUGGUGAUGCUGCAGGGGGGAUUGUGUGGGAUGUGGAUGUGGGUACAGGGGGAGAGGGAGGAGGGGGAGGGGAAGCGGGAGGGGAAGGUGCUGCUGGUGGCGAGGAGGGAGGAGGAGGGAUAGACUGGGACAUUGACACGGGAGCUGCAGGGACCAAUGAGGAGGCGCCAUCUGGCAGCGCCGGUGAUGGUGAUAGUGCUGGUGGUGGUGGGGGAGGAGGAGGGAGGAGUGGGAGGGAGGGGGAGAGCGAGAUGCAGAAGGUGCAGCGGUGGCUGCUGGCGGAUUCAGCGUAUCGGAGCAAGCUACUUGACGACUUAUUCGAGCUGCACAUAUUCCUCGUCACACGGAUAGCUGAGAUGAACAGGCACCAGGGUUCUGUGCUACAAGCACAAUUGAUGAACCAUGGCACAGCUUACUUCACCCCGCUUCACUCCCACGUGUGCACCGCUGGUGCUAUGGUUCCCCUCCCGUCAUCCCCCAUUCCUCCUGCCACCCCACACUCUAACCACGGCACUUCAUCACUAACCGCGCUCGACUCUCACAUCUGCACGGCCAUCGGUCGGCUCACCAGCCGUCGCACACGGGACCUGCUCCUCAUCCUCUCCUCCCAGCGCUUCUUGGAUCGUCUGGAGCAAUCAUUGCUGCAGAAGAAGUCAAACGAGGCGAGGCUGCUGGAUAGCAUAGGCGAGCUGGAGAGGCGGCGGAGAGAAAUUCGGACGGCGCUGGCUGAUGCUUGGCCUAAACUGGAAGCGGUGGUGCAAAGAACACGAGCCUACAAGACAGCAGCAGAGGCGGCGCUCUCUGCAAUGUAUUCCAACCGCCCGGUUCACAUUAUUGGGGAGAUCAACAACGUGCUGCAGGCUACGGCCCCUGCUGGUGGUGGGUAG